CGCGACAGGACUGUGAUUUGAAAUCAACGAUUCGAAAGGCAAGUGAAUUUUUUUGACGAUAAAUUAUUUGUUAUUAGAAAUUUGUCGAUACUUUGAAGAAUAACUGUUUCAGAAAAAUUAUGGAAGCUUUAAAGCUUAAACGAAAAACAGUUAGAUCUGCAUUUACUAGAUUGUUUAAUCAUUUAGAUGAGUCAGCGAAAACGGAAGUAAACAUUGCAGAUGAUUUAGAUUGUUUGGCAACCUUCCAGCUGCUUGGCGAGAAAAAUAAUGAACUUUUGCAAUUAAAUGAAGAUAUUUUGAAUCUUUUGUUGAUGUCUGAAGACAUAAAUGAAGACGAUAUUGAAAAAGAAUCUCGUUCAGCAGAUGAGUAUUCACUCAAUUUUAAAAGGAUGAGUUUAUUAGUGGAUCGAAAAACUAAUCCCGCUGUUAACGCUGAUACAUUAUCUUCAGUUGGCGGUGAAAAGCUGAAAUUCAAGCUGCCUCGUUUGGAACUGAAGAAAUUUGGCGGGGAAAUUAAAGAUUGGCUGCCGUUUUGGGGACAAUUCGUAAAAAUUGAUGAAGACAACGAUAUCGAUGAAACCGACAAAUUUCAAUACUUAGUCCAAGCAACUAUCCCGAAUUCCAGAGCGAGGGAAUUAGUUGAAAGUUUUCCCCCUACCUCCGGAAAUUAUUGCAAGGCGAUUGAUUGUCUGAAAUCUAGAUUCGGCAGAGAUGAUUUAUUGGUUGAAUAUUACGUUAGAGAAUUGUUAAAAUUGACACUCGCAUUUAAUCUAAAAGAGAAACAUGUUGAAUUAUCAACUGUUUAUGAUCGACUUGAAACCCAGCUGAGAUCAUUAGAAACUCUUGGCGUUACUACAGCAAAGUAUGCGGCCAUGUUGUUUCCCUUGGUUGAGUCUUGUUUAAGUGAAGAAGUUUUAAGAGCCUGGCGGAGAAAUGAUAGAGGAUUGGAUGAAAAAGAUGACACAAAAGAAUCUCGAUUGGAAAGUUUGAUGAAAUUUUUGAAGAACGAAGUUGAAAAUGAGGACAGGAUAACUCUUGCUAUGGAAGGCUUCUCUUUGAAAGAAAAUAACAAAAAUAUAAAGAUUAAAAGAGACUUGCCGACAGCUGCGGGACUUUUUUCAGGAAACCAAAAAUCUGUUUUGAAGUGUGCAUUUUGUGACAAGAACAAUCAUGAAUCCAAAGAAUGUCAUGUUGCUUGA